AUGAGUGCGGCUGCGGGGCUCGCCCGGCGCACCCCCGUUCACGGCCAGGGGUCGCCGACCGCGCCCGGGCUACGCCGUAACCCCACUACGGAGCUACGGCUCGUAGCUUCCUCUUUUGUUUUAAUUUCACACAUCUACUCGUAUAUAAUGCUUCACGAUAAAAUGCAUUUUCCCCGGGCCCGGAAGAAUCACGGUGGCCACGUCACCGGUUACAUAAGCCGCGCCGGGGGUGGGGGCGGCUUACGCAAGCCGGGCGGCGUGCGGCGCGGGGGCGGAUCGAUGCGCGGCCGUUCACCCGCCUGCAAUGCGCCGCCCGGCCGCAGCGCAGCCCCUGCAGCCUAUGCCGCCCUGGUACCUACGUGUCUGCGCGCUACGCGGCUCACGCGCCCGGAAGAGCUGCACAGACAGACAGACAGGCGGGCACUGCUGUACACCUUGCUGUAUAGUGUAGAGCAUCAAUUGUCUGUUAAAUUCUUCCUGCGUUUCUCCUCGAACGUU